GCCAAGGCCACACGGCAGGCGCGGGGACAGCCGCUGCAGUCGCCGUCCCACGCCCGCUCCGGACAUCAGAGGUUGCUGAUGAAGUGAUUGAGAAGAAGCAGUGAACAUCUUCAUUUUGUAGACAGGACAACAUGGAUCAGCCGUUUACUCUGAAUUCUCUGAAAAAGUUAGCGGCUAUGCCUGACCAUACCGAUGUUUCCCUCAGCCCGGAAGAGCGAGUCCGGGCGCUGAGCAAGCUGGGCUGUAACAUCGCCGUCAGUGAAGAUAUCACUCCGCGCCGCUACUUUAGAUCCGGAGUGGAGAUGGAGAGGAUGGCCUCUGUGUAUCUGCAAGAAGGGAACUUGGAAAACGCCUUUGUUCUUUAUAAUAAAUUCAUAACUUUGUUUGUAGAAAAGCUUCCCAGCCACCGAGAAUACCAGCAAUGUGCAGUACCCGAAAAGCAGGAUAUUAUGAAGAAACUGAAGGAGAUUGCAUUCCCAAGAACAGAUGAAUUGAAAAAGGAGCUUUUAAAGAAAUAUAACGUAGAAUACCAAGAAUAUUUGCAAAGCAAAAACAAAUACAGAGCUGAAAUUCUCAAAAAACUGGAGCACCAGAGAUGGAUAGAGGCGGAAAGGAAGCGAAUCGCUCAGAUGCGCCAGCAGCAGCUAGAAUCAGAGCAGUUUCUGUUUUUUGAAGAUCAGCUCAAGAAACAAGAAUUAGCCCGAGGUCAGAUGCACAGCCAGGAAACCCCAGCGCUGUCGGAGCAGAUUGAUGGGAGUGCUUUGUCCUGCUUUUCCACGCAUCAGAACAAUUCCCUGCUGAAUGUGUUUGCAGAUCAACCUAAUAAAAGUGAUGCAACCAAUUACGCUAGCCACUCUCCUCCCGUAAACAGGGCUUUAAAGCCAGCUGCUACUCUAAGUGCUGUUCAGAAUUUAGUGGUUGAAGGACUUCGAUGUGUGGUUUUAUCAAGAGAUCUUUGCCACAGAUUUCUGCAGCUGGCAGAAUCUAAUACAGUAAGAGGAAUAGAAACUUGUGGAAUACUUUGUGGAAAACUGACACAUAAUGAAUUUGCUGUUACUCACGUAAUCGUGCCAAAGCAGUCUGCGGGACCAGACUAUUGCGACGUAGAGAAUGUAGAAGAAUUAUUCAGUGUUCAGGAUCAACACGAUCUCCUCACUCUGGGAUGGAUCCACACUCAUCCGACCCAAACUGCAUUCUUAUCCAGUGUUGAUCUUCACACUCACUGUUCCUAUCAGCUCAUGUUGCCAGAGGCUCUUGCCAUUGUUUGUUCACCAAAGCAUAAAGACACUGGCAUCUUCAGGCUCACCAGUGCUGGCAUGCUAGAGGUUUCCACUUGUAAAAAGAAGGGCUUUCAUCCACACACCAAGGACCCCAGGCUGUUCAGUAUAUGCAAACAUGUGUUGGUAAAAGACAUAAAAAUAACAGUGCUGGAUCUGAGGUGAUAUGUUCCGAAGAUUAGAACCGUCAACACCAGACACCUACCCGUGGAUAUGUGGUUGCCAGAUUUUCUUAAGAUGUUUCCAGAAAUGACUGAUAUUUUAUAUUUAUACAUUUUAGAUCAGAAAGUUUGAUAUUUAUUGCUCUUGCACAUUUUGAAGUUUUCUUUUUGAGUUGCUCUGUCUCAAGAGAGGUCACAAUGGUGUUAAAUCAAUGCUUAUUGUUGUGCCCAAAUACUAUGAUGAGAUAAUAAAUUGUGCUGCAAACAACA